UCAGAAAGAGGAAGUGACAUGGGGCCGCUGAAAGCCCCAUGAGCUGUUCAGCUUAGUCCACACCACAAUGAGAAGGGGAAGUGUGCACAGCAGCAAAGUUCACUUAACUUCAGCCUGAUAACUGACCCAAACGGAUCCAAAAUCUGUCCAACAGGUCCCAUCAGCAGAAUUGCGCCAUGGCUCAAGGGUGCCUCAAGUGUUUAAAGUACACCAUGUGUGUCGCCAACUUCCUUUGUUUUGUCAGUGGUGUGGCACUUCUGAGCUUUGGCAUUUACCUGAUGGUAAACCUUAGGAUAGCUGCUCUGACCCCGUCUCUGGCCAGCCUAAACAUACCCAGCAUGCUGCUGAUCAGCGGCAUCAUCAUCACAUGUGUCUCCUUCCUGGGCUUCUUGGGGGCUCUGAAAGAGAACCGCUGCCUCCUCCUGACGUUCUUCCUGGUGCUCUUCCUUCUGAUGCUGGUGGAACUUACCGCUGCAUGCCUGUUGCUCAUUUAUGAAAGAGAGAUUGGUGAACUAGUGACAAAGGAUCUCAACGAUGGUUUGAAAAAUGCGAGACAUUCUUCUACAAAUGCAACUAAAAUGAGUGACUGGGAUGUGGUUCAGGAGAUGUUUAAGUGCUGUGGAGUCAAUAACUACACUGACUGGCAAAAUAACAUCCCUAAAUCCUGCUGCAACCCUCCAUGCAAAGGCAAAGAGCUGGCAUACUACUCAGAGGGCUGUUUGGAAAAACUGAAAAACUGGUUUGAAGACAACUUCCUAAGUACUGGAAUUUCUGUCAUUAUACUCUGCAUCAUUGAGGUCCUGGGAAUGUGUUUCGCCAUGACGCUCUUCUGCCACAUUAGCAGAUCUGGACUGGGCUACAAGUUAUGAACAGUCGGUUUCAGCUGUCACCCUGAGUUGAGAUUGUUGUACAGUUAGAAGGCCUCUUGAAAAGCUUGGAAUUUAACAUAAUUUUUCAUUUUUAGGUUUUUAUGCACUUAUUUUGAUGUUGCUUCAGGCUGUUGACACUGUUGUAUUUUACUCAUUUGUUGCAGUUUUUCUCUCAUGUCUUUGGUUAAAGACAGCGUAAUGUGUUUUAAAAUAAUCAGCUGAAACAUCAAUAAAGUUUAGUGCUCAGUAUCAGUUUAAAGCUGACACUAUGUCAACAGCC